UUUGCAUAUUUAGUAAUUUCUCUUUAUAAGACUAUUACUCCUUUUAAUGGAAUCUUAACCUUUUGUUUUUCUGUUACAGUUUUUUUUUUCCUGUUACAGUUUUUAAGAGAAAUGAAUAGAAAUGACCCAUUUUGAAGAAGCCAUGGCAAAAUCAAUUCCAAAACACAGAGUUUGUUCUCGGGAAUCUUCAGUGUCUUCUCUGUUAGCAAGCUGCAGCCUGAGUGGUAGUAAUUCCUCUAACUCUGAUGGCUCUUUUCAGUAUAAGAAUAAACUGUAUAGUUCUGCGUCUCAGGCUCUGCAGGCCUACAUUGAUGAUUUUGAUUCAAGCCACCAAAUGUAUCCUGGUGCAAGCACGGGAAAGUUUAACGCUGGUAGAUGUUCUGCUCAUGUGCCAGAAUUCUCCACCUGUAUUUAUAAAGCAAACAAUGCUUUUGAAAAUCUUGAUCCCAAAAAGAGCUCUUCAUCCUUAUUUUGUAGAAGAAAGACUAUUAAUGACAUAGACUCCAUUAGCCUAACAACUGAUGAUCUAUUAAAACUUCCAGCAGAUGGAUCAUUUUCUUUCACUAACAUUGGAUUAAGUCACCGAAUUAGCAAGAAAAACAAGAAGUGCAUUGGAAGACUGAGUUCAUGGGAUACUGAAAAGAAACAAAAUUUUCAAGAACCUUCCACUCCUUUGUGCAAGGAUAACAUAAUUACUCCUGUUAUAUAUACAAAUAUAAAUGGAAAGCAUCGUGGUAGGCUAAAAAACCCAAAACUUGUGAAUAAGACUAAUAAAUGCAUUUCAGAACCAUCUUUAUCAUUUUCCAAGAAAUUGUCUUUCAAGGACAGUUCAGAACACAAUUGUGAAAAGAAUUACCCAAGAUGGCUCACUAGCCAGAAAUCUGACCUUAAUGUUUCAGGAAUAACUAGUCUACCUGACUUCACAUACCCAGUCUGGCUCCAUCAUCAAGACUUGCUACCUGAUACAAAGAGUCAAAGGAUUUCUAAAAUAUUUAAAGAAGAACAGUGUUCCCCUAGGCAUAGUUACCAGGCACAAAGAACUUCUCGACUUAUGAAUAAAUUAGAUUGUUUUGAAUACUCUUUUGAACCCUCAAACAUUUCAGAUUCCUUGAGUGAUGAUAAAGGAUUAAUUAAUGAAUGUAAAUGUGAUUCUGAACAUAGCCAAUGUCAGUGUGAGAAUCCAGUUCUCCCAGGACCAACCAAAAAGCCCUUCAGUGGUGACAAGAUUGAAUUGCUUAUCCUGAAGGCCAAGAGAAAUCUAGAGCAUUGUACUGAAGAGUUACCGAAGUCUACAAAAAAGGAUGAUAGUCCUUGUUCAUUAGAUAAACUUGAAGCAGAAAGAUCAUGGGAAAAUAUUCCUGUUACUUUCAAGUCUCCUGUUCCUGUUAACUCUGAUGAUAGUCCUCAACAAACUUCACAAGCAAAGUGUGCUAACGGGUUCCUUGAAGAUUUUUUAAAUAAUGAUAAUCAGAGUUGUACCCUUUCUGGAGGGAAACAUCAUGGUCCUGUUGAAGCCCUAAAACAAAUGUUAUUUAAUCUUCAAGCAGUACAAGAAAGUUUUAAUCAGAAUAAAACAGCAGAACUGAGAGAAGAGAUUAAGCAAGUUUCAGAAGACAAUUUCUCUAAAUUGCAGUUGAAGGAAAAUAUGGUUCCUAUUACUAGGUCACUUCAAAAGGCUUUGCACCAUUUAUCUCGCCUGCGAGACCUGGUUGAUGAUACCAGUGGGAAACAGUCACCGAAAAUGUGAAGAGGAAAAUAAAACAGUCCAACCAAUAAAUAGUCACCACAGAACAAAGAUGUAUUUUUUUCCUAGUGCUUAAACUGAUAAAUUAUAAGCCAUAUAUUAUUCUGUGAUUGGUUCAAGUAGUAUAUAUUUUUUAAAAAAACAAACUUGAAAACGUACAUAGAUUUUGUGACCUAUCUUCAUUUUAUGCCAAAAUACCAGAAUGUGAACUGGAAGGACCCACACUGUGUCCUGCAGUCGGACUUUGGUUUUCAGGCCAGCACAUAUCGAAUAUUCAGUGAUGGAUGAUGUCUGUUAUUGAAGCGUAUGUGGACUUAAUCUUGAGCAUCUUCAUCAUUUUAUCAUCUGGUUCUGGAUUAUUAAGCAACUCUUCCUGGUUUCUGUCCAAAAUCUCUUAAGUAGACCUUUUUAUACAAUUAGCAUCUACUUUUAAGUAGGUUAAAGGAGUAUCAAAAUUGUUAUGGUGUAUCUUAUGCAUGUGGAAGUAUGUUACUCUUAAUUUUUAUAAAUAUUUAAUAUAGUUUUUGCAAAUAAGAAUGGGGUGAUGCAGUGGUAAAAGAUAUGUUUUAUGUUGUGAAAUCCAAGAGAAAACCUUAAUUAAUGCUUUGAUUUUGAAUCUAUGUAAGAUAAUUUUGAUACUACUGGACAGUUUAUAAAACAUUUUUGGGGAGUAUAUUUGAGAAUUUAAUAUUUUGAUACUAUAUUAUUUCCCACAUUUUAGUUUUGGGGUUAGCUCCAAAAGUUAUGAGUAAAAGUAAAAGUUAUGAGAUCAGUGCCUAAUCUCUUUAUGCAAUUUUUAAAGUAAACUUAAAAUGAAUGUAAAAUCCAAAAGCAACUGUAUUACAAAGCUGUUUUGUAAGAGCUGAACUUUCUUUAAAGCAAUCUGUAGUUUGUCUCUAGCUGGAACUGAGCAGAGUUCUGUAAUUUUACAUUUUCUACCAAGUAAACAUCUAAUACGAAAGCAUCUUUGCCAACAAAACUAGGAAUUAAAUCAUAACGCAUGUUUAAAAAGCCCGAUGAAAUGAAAAAAUUUGUAUGUAUGCAUACAAACAGUACAAAUUAACACUGCCCAAAUUGUAGCAUCUUUGCUAGGUAGCUUUACUGUCAAAUAGAAAUUUCUAAGUACAUUGUGUUGAAGAAUUUUUUUCCUCCAAAUUGGAAGCAUUAUUUAAGACUUUUGCUAUAAACUUAGAUGUCAAAACUGUAUAGAGUGAACUCUGUUAUUUUUUUCUUGGCCAGUGAGUCAGAAUUCCCACUAUACAGUUGUUUUUACCCAGUUUGAGAGUGACUUGCCAUUAAGUUUUGUUUACUCUGUGGAGGUAUUUCUGCCACUAACAUUUUAUUUUCUGAUUAUUGCCUUCUACUUCAAAACACAGUUUGCAUGUAAUCGAACAUGGUUACUUGGAUGAUGAAAGUAUGGCUGGCUGUUAAAAAUGCAGAUUUUAAGUGGGUGAACAUGAGGUGGAUCUGAGUUGAUCAUGUUCCUUCCAGGCCUUGCUAGAUCCACCGUUAGACAAAUUCUGUAGAAGACAGGGAAGGUGACUACAUCAGAUAAUUAUUCUAUUUGCAUAGAUGUUGAUCAGACCUACUAUUUAGUAUGCCUGAAAAGCAUUUCCAAAGGAUUAUGCUAUACUGACUGUCAGGCUGUUCAUGGAUUUGGUUAGUGCUGUCAUUUCCAAGAAAAUGUCUCCAAUGCUAAAUAAGAUAAGCCGCCUAAAUUUUUAUAUUUAUAACUAAUAUUCUAAGAAACUUGAUUAUACUUAAAGGAGUAUUUUUCCUAUUGUGUUAAAUAUGGAAGCCUAGUCAUUUACCUUAAAAGGGAAUUAACUUUAUUAAAAUGAUUAAUUCCAUCUUUUUUAAAAAAGAAAUGUAUAGGAGAGUCAACUAAGAACAAUCUAAAUGAUAAAUGAUCAUGAAAUUCUCUAAAGAAUUAGUUACAUGUUAAAUAUUUAAGUAUUUUUUAGUGUGAGUUAUCCAGAGGUAAAAGGGUGACAACUGUAUGAGACUGCUGAGUUGUAAAUUAAAAGCAGAACAAUUACAAGUUUUAAAAAUUGGAGUGGGAAUAUAAAUUUUUAUUAAUCCAUUACUUUUAGGUAUAUUUAAAAGUGUUAGAAAAAGAAUUUUAAUAAGAUUUCAGAUUUUUAGCUGAGUAUGAAAAAAAUUUAACAAUCCUAAUUCCAAAAUUUUUUUGGGAUAAAAGUGUAAUAAGUCUAUGAAGACUUAAAACUCAACUGUAUAUUAUUGUCCUAGGAACUUUACUUUCAGUAUUUCUGUGUUGGCACAUUUCAGCUUCAUAUGGAGACUUCUGACCAAAUAGAGGAACACUAUCUUGGGUUUGUUUGGGUUAUAUGUCUCUCUAGUUUUGUUAUUUCUUAUUUAAAGUUAUAAAUGUGGAUUUUUUUGGUAUUCUGUUUAAUGUUUAGAGUAACAUUAUAUACAAUUCUACAAAAAUAUUUUUUAAAGAAACAUCAUGAAAGAUAUUCCCCCUUAAGUUUCAAACACAUGGAAUCACUCAUAGAUUUGAAUUUUUGUUUCAUCCUUCCUGUUCCAAAGUUCACUGUGUCUCAAAAACUGUUUGGUGGAAGUGCUAUCAAGAAGUGAACGUGCCAAAAGGCAAGUAUUAUGAAAAGAGAUAGGCAAAAAGCCAAUAAAAUUGAUAAUUUCUGAGCAACAAGUUUCUUCAGGUGUGAAAGACUUUGUAUCUUUCUAUCCCAUUUAUUGAUUGGAUGUUUUAUCAUGAUUAUAUGUCCUGUUGGGUUGUGAUACUUAAUCUUAAAAUGACUGAUGCAAACCUGGGCUUAAACCUGAACCAUAUAUUGAGGUUUAUAUUGUUCCAUCUUUCCCCCUUGAUAUUUGAAAUUAUUCCCUUCCUAUUUCUCUGUAUUUUUUCUUCUUAUUUUCAUCUGUGGCUAAGAUCAUCUUCCUUUUUUGAACAAAAGUUUCUUUGCUUUUUACCCUCCCAGUUUGUUCUACAUUGUUUUACGCUAGACCCGACGUAUGUAACAGCUUCUCUCCCAGGGUAGCAGCCUUUCUACCUGUGUAACCACUUCGUCGUCCUUCAUAACCUUGACUAGAAGGAGCCUGUUGGCCUCCUCACACCUCUUUCCACCUGGAACAUUCCUUCCCCUCACUCCGCCCUUGCAGUGAGGACAGGCUGGCCGGUUCGUAAGACACCGUUGCAGCACCACCGCCCUGACGUCACUAAUGCAUUUCAGAAAUUUGCUGUGGUUCAGCUGCUUUACCCCUAUCCUCCCAGACUUUCUAUGUAUGUUCUCACCUCUGGGCGUAUUAUUUCCUAUACUUGAAAUAGUUUUCUUUCAUUCUGGUUUUGUAAAGCUUACUCCACCAUUUCUUUUAAAGCUCUGACCAAAUGUGCAUUUUUCCCAAAAUAUUCUAACCUUUUUUCAGGCUUGGUACUUUGGCUUCCUUUUUCCAUACCCAUCACUCAUUUAGCUAUUAUAUUUGUUUUUGUAUUGAAAAGUGUCUCUAUCACAUUGUAUCCCUAGGGGAGAAAAUGUCUCAAAAGUUAAAGGACUAGGGCAGCCGGGUGGCUCAGUGGUUUAGCGCAGCCUUCAGCCCAGGGCCUGACCCUGGGAUCCGGGACCGAGUCCCGCAUCCAGCUCCCUGCGAGGAGCCUGCUUCUCCCUCUGCCUGUGUCUCUGCCUCUCCCUCUGUGUUUUCUCAUGAAUAAAUAAAAAUC